CCUCAAUGGCCUUCGAUGUGCUCCUGGAACAAGCUGGAGGUCUGGGGAGAUUUCAGAUCCUUCAGAUUGCUCUCUUUUUUGUCACCAGUAUGAUAGCAUACCCUCAUGUUCUGUUGGAGAACUUCACUGCUGCUGUCCCUGGGCAUCGCUGCUGGGUCCCCCUCCUGGACAACCACACGGCCUCUGGCAAUGACUCUGACAUCCUCAGCCAAGACGCCCUCCUGAGAGUCUCCAUACCGAUAGACUCAAACCUGAGGCCAGAGAAGUGCCGUCGCUUCACCCACCCCCAGUGGCAGCUCCUUCAUCUGAACGGGACCUUCCCCAAUAUAAGUGAGUCAGACACAGAGCCCUGUGUGGAUGGCUGGGUGUACGAUUGGAGCUCCUUCUCCUCCACCAUUGUGACUAAGUGGGACCUCGUCUGUGAGUCUCAGUCACAAAAAUCAGUGGUUCAAACCCUGUUCAUGAGUGGGUCGCUGCUGGGAAGUCUGAUAUUUGGCUAUCUUUCAGACAGGUAA